AUGGCUGAUGCCGCCGCACGUGAGGAGCUUUGCAGUUCCUCACCAAGGCCCUUUGCUCAUCUGUUCUAUGAAGCUGCGAAGAUCUUACUCAAGGAAACUAUAACUUCCGCAACGAAGAGUUGGUGGAGCGAAAAUGCCCCAGAGUUCUAUAAACGACUCGGAAUUGAUUCCUACACACGAACCCCUAAGAAGCUGACACUUACAAGGCUGCUACUAUCGAGACUAUGCGCGGCUCGCUCUGGGCAUGGCGAUUUCGCAGCUUAUCACCAUCGGCUCAACCACAGAAAAGCUCACAUCCAUUGCAGCUGCAGCGAGCCUAAGUCCUCCACACGCUUCCUAGAAUGUACCAUUCCCCCUUAA